AGUUCACAUCCAUCCUAUCUUUUUAUCUUCACGAGUAACAGCAGUAUUUUUUGAAUAACUCUACUUACGACACAGGAGUUGUUGCCAUUAUGUGCCAGCAGUAGGGGCAAGAAGUCUUUAAGGUCACUUGGUUACAAGGGGAAUGGAAACGUCUUCUCUCGUGAAAGAUUGUGAGAUCGACAGCGUCUACACUAAUUCAUAUCGUGAAGUCGACUGUACCACUUCCAAUAGUAUUUAACAUUUAUGGCACGAUGAGGAGGUUUCAAACACAGGUGCCAGGACUCAUGCUGGACUUAUGCUAGACGUGUCGACAUACCACUGGAGUCCUGGAUUACAGGGUGGUAUUCUUCUCCUCCAUUCAAUUUCAAAUCGAGAUACAUUCACAUCAUAUCGAGCCUUUGAUACAAGUGAGUUACAUCUUGGUAUGUUUUUAGAGCUGCAGUCGUGCUAAAUAUUUGUGCAAGCGCUUUCUCGACAUCGAGACCCACGAAUCUAUCUCCGCAUUAAAUGUCUGUCUGGCUACUUUCUAGUUUUCCCCUCACCUUCUUACUUCGAAGCAUCACAUAAUUUAAGUAAUGCCGCUCUCACUACCAAUCGAACCUUUUUCUUUCUCCCUAUUUGUUGGGGCGUAAGGUUUUAACGCCUUCAUACCGAGCUCAAAACUUUUCUCUUCUGAUAUAUAUAUGAAUGGAUCUUUGAUAGAUUCAGUCGUUGUUGGACCUCACUCAACCCUAUUUAAUCAGCUUCUCAGAUCAUAGCUUGAUGGGAAUGACAACUAUCGGCCUCUUUUAGCAGCGUCUGCUCAAUUAUCAAACUUA